UAACAAACCAGAUUGACUCGACGACACACGACGACACUCGUGACGACGAGAAAGACCUUGAUAGCAGGACUAAAGCAGAGCGCUAGGCCUAGUUUUAGGCACGGUUAGUAUAGAGCUAGGAUACAGUAGUAUUAUUUAAAGAAGGUAAAACUUAAUGCAGAUAGUGAGAAAAUAAUCAUGGCUGAAGAAUACAAAACUGAUGCAAUUGCCGAUGAAGAUGAACCAAUGAUCAAUUCCAAUGGCAGUGACCAUCAGCCAAUCUUCUAUACAGUAAAGGACAGGUAUAAUAUUGCAUAUGUCAUAUUCUAUAUAUUUGGCAUAACUUCAGUAUUGCCAUGGAACAUGUUUAUCACAGCAAAUAAGUAUUAUUCUGUUAAGUUUCAAGAAGAUCGAAACAGUUCGGUUGAUCAGUGUGCAUUAUUAGUUAAUAACAACAAGACAUACCUCCAAGAAAGCUUUGAAAAUUAUUUUGCUGUGGCGGCAAUGAUUCCUCAAGUUAUAGCGUUAACACUGAACACUUUAGUGCAACAUUCCAUUUCUGUAAAAAUUAGAAUGCAUGUGUCCAUUUUGGGGAUUCUGGUGAUGUUCAUAAUGACCACUGCAUUGACCAUAGUAGACACACGCUCAUGGCAAGAAGUGUUUUUCAUUAUCACACUGGUUUCCGUAGUCAUCGUUAAUGUACUAUCUGCUAUAUUUUCUGGAACUGUCUUUGGUCUCGGUGGUAUUUUUCCUCCAAAGUAUACCCAGGGCUUGAUGGCUGGACAGGGCCUAGGCGGAUCUCUCCCAGCUAUAAUCAGCAUAUUAACCACUGCUGUGGGCCAUGAUUAUUGCACCAGUGCCUUUGCCUAUUUCUUAUGUGCAGUAUUUUCAGUAAUAGCAGCAUUUGUUGCAUUUCAAGUUCUAAUCAAGUUGAAGUAUGCUGACGUCUUUUUGAAUCAAAUGGAUAUAAGAAGGCAUGAAGAAUCAGAUAACAAAGAUUACAGCGGCAGUUGGGAAACUAAACUAACCAUAAAACCACCAUUCCUAUCAAUUUUAAUAAAGAUUCUACACCCAGCAGUGAUGGUAAUGUUGAUAUUUAUGAUUACUUUAUCAUGCUUUCCAGGAAUCGUCUCCAAUAUACAAUCCAGCAAUAGUUCAGCCAAAUCACAAUGGACAGAUGUCUACUUCACAGCUGUUACAUGCUUUCUACUUUUCAAUCUAAUGGAUUGGUUUGGACGCUCCAUGUCUGGUUUUGUACAAUGGCCAAAAGAAACCAGUUCAAUGCUUUUAAGUGUACUCGUUGUCCUUCGAUGUGGCUUUAUUCCACUGUUUAUGUUGUGCAAUAUUGAAGCCAGUAAUCUGCCUCUUAUCUUUGCCCAUGAUGCUUAUCCAAUUAUAUUCAUGGUCAUUUUUGCUUUCUCCAAUGGCUACCUUGGUAGUUUAUGUAUGAUGUAUGGACCCAGAAAAGUGCGAAAGGAUUACCGUGAAACUGCUGGCAACAUGAUGGCACUGUUCCUGUCGUUAGGAUUGGCAUUUGGCUCGCUAGUUUCCUUUGCGUUGAGAAUGGUGAUUUUAAAAGGUUAAAAUUACACAGUUAAGCACAUCCCGACGGCACACUUCCUUCCAGAUUGCAUUGUUCGUGUUGCUGGAAUUCGCAUUUUUCUCACUGCUUUCCUUUGGGAACAAUAUCAAGCACAUGCUGACAGCACUGUUCCUUCCUGAUGGCACUGUUCUUUCCAAAUAAGCAUUUGAAACCCCUAAAUUGCCAUACUUUGUAGGGGCGCUCAAC